AUACGUAACGGAAAUCAGAGGGCCCGAAACCGAUACGGGCCGAUAUCGCGGUUCGGAAAAAAUUCACGGCCGUAACGGCCGUUACGGAGGCGUAACGGCACGUAACGGCCGAUACUCCAACGUUACAUGUCGUAACGUCCGUUACGGACCGUUACAUGGCCGACAGGUAGCAUAUUCGCUGACGGGCAGCAGGCAGCAACGCUGCUUUCCCCCUCUCCCCAGUCCCCACACCCAUCUGCCAUUCAAAGGCUAAAAAGGAAAGUUACAAACUGACCUUGAAAAUUUGUUGGCCUUCGGCAAUAAGAAGGCUUCGAGGCUACCGAGCAGAUCUACUCAGAAUUGCAGACUUGCAGUUCCAGGCUUCCAGUUCCAGCAACUUGGCGAGUCACCGGCGACGGAAAAAGGUCUGCAGCAGCUCCGCCAGUCAUCGCAGUCGGCACCUUCCUCCGCCAGUCGUCGCAGUCGCACCAGCCAGCCUCUCGAUUUCAGCUUCGGAGACUCGGAGCUUGGAGUCAUCGCUGGCUCGCUGCUUUUGCUUCGCUCCUUCGACUGUUCGAGGCUCCUCUGAGUUCCCUCGAAUCCCUCCUCUCUCUCGGUCUGACUCGACUACAGGCCUCAGCAGAUCAUCAAAUUAAGUCUAUCAAUAUGUCACGUGAUAGAGGAAAUGAAAACUUACCUAGUGAAGAUAUUGGAUGGCAUUUUGGUACUGCGGUAGACGGUAAUAGACAUGUUAUUAUGUGUAAAUUAUGUGGGAAGAUAAUCAAAGGGGGCAUUACACGCUUGAAACAACACUUGGCACAUAAAAGGGUCAAGUAGCUGGAUGCUCAAAUGUGACCACACAAGUAAGAGAACAAAUGAUGAAACAUCUACAACAGUAUGCUGAGAAGAAAAGAGAUAAACAAAAAAGGCAAGAAGAAGCAGAAGCCCAAAUUAGAGGAGAUUUUGAGAAUUUGAGCGAUGAAGAAGACUUGGAAGAAGAAAGUAUGAGAUUUGCUCGACAAGAAAGCAUGCGAUCACAACAACAAUGGGAAGAUAGACAAAGAUUUCGAGCAAGAACAACUGGAAGGGGUAAUAUUUAUGAAAAGGGAGGCGGCUCUGGCAGUGGUGCUACCAGUGGUUUCAAUAGAGCAGGAGCUCGAUCUUAUAGUGGUCGAGAAGCUGGAGGUAGUGGACGACAAUGGAUCAAUCCUGAUGCCCCUGAAGCUAGACUAAAGGCAAUGGAUCCUAUUUUAGAAAGAAGCAAGAGUGCGAAACAACCAAAACUCAACACAAAGUUACUGAAAGGUUUAAGAAGUAAAUUAGGAAAAGCGGUUGGAAAAUUCCUAAUUUAUAAUCGGAUUCCAGCGAAUGUAGCUGACUCUCCAUUUAUGCAGCCUAUGCUUGAUAUUGCUGCAGAGGUUGGAAAGGGGGUGAAGGGUCCAUCACCCUAUGAGAUAUCUGAAAUUUAUUUGGAGCAAGAGUAUCAAGAAAUGAAAAAUUAUAUAGCUUCUUUUGCUGGAAUUUGGAAGGAAAGAGGUGUAACACUUAUGUGUGAUGGUUGGUCAGGACCAACUAGAAAACACAUUAUAAACUUUUUAGUUUAUUGUGAUAGAGGCACCGUGUUUCAUAAAUCAGUUGAUGCCUCUGAUGUGCCAAGCAGAACAGCUGAAUAUUAUUUCAGGUAAUUUUCUAAUUUUAAUUGUAUAUACAAAUAGUAUUAUGGACUUGCAUGUUUUUAAUUAAAUAGUAGUAAUUAUUGAAUAUAUAAUUUCAUUUCAGAUUAAUGGAUGAGGUGGUUGAAGAAAUUGGAGAGGAGAAUGUUGUCCAAGUAGUGACUGAUAAUGAAGCUGCAAUGAAGGCAGGAGGAAAAUUAUUAAUGCAGAAGAGACCCAAUCUCUAUUGGACAGCAUGUGCAGCUCAUUGCAUAGACCUUAUUCUUGAAGAUAUUGGUAAGAAAAGUAACGUGAAGAAGGUCUUAGAAGAUGCAAGAACAAUAACCUCAUUUAUUUACAACCACACAUGGACAGUGAAUUUCAUGAAGAAAUUCACAAAUAAUAGAGAGUUACUUCGCCCUGCCAUCACUCGAUUUGCCACAAAUUUCAUUGCUUUGGAGACUAUUGUCAGGCAUAAACAA